GCGCGUGUGGUCGAUCAGCAGCAGGCCCUGCGGCAGCGCUUGGCGGGCUGGCUGGCCUCGCGGCCCUCUGCCGGCGACCUGGCCGAGCGUGGGCUUUUGGGCCGCGCGCAACGCUUCGCCGCCGCGUCCGCCGUGGUGGACCGCCUCCUGCGGGCGCGGCUGCAGGCGCGGGAAGACGAGCUGGUGCGGAUCCCCGCGGGCAGCUUCCGGUACACGCCAGGGGUCUCGGGCCUGCUGGGGGGCGCCGACGCCGACGGCGACGGGGCCGCCUGCCUGGAGGGCCUUCAGGAGAGGCUGGGGCUGCUCGCCCGCGAGCGCGAGGCCGCCGCCAGGCGGCUUGACGAGGCCGCGGGCGCGUGGGCGGAGGCGGCGGAGGACUGCCAACGCCAGCGCUGGGCCUGCGCAGGCGCCCUUCCGUGCGUGGCGGCGGGGGCGGGCCGCGCCGUGCAGCAGCUGGAGGCGCACCGCGCCUCGUCGGGCGAGUCGCUGGCGGGCGUGUUCGAGGAGCUCGCCGCCUUCCAGCGCAUGCUGGCGCGGAAGCGGGCGCUGGCCAGCGUGGUGGAGAUGGUGGAGGAGACCGACGCCGUCCGCGAGGCCGUCUUCGCCUCGGGCGGCAGCGCGCUGCCGAUCUCCAGGCUGGAGGACCUCGCGCACCGCUGCGGCGGCCUGCCCUCGCGCAGCCGCGCCGUCGGCCUGCGGCGCCUCGGGUUCGUGGUGGGCCCGUCGAGGACCAUCCUGGAGCAUGCGCUCCGGCACGCCCUGGAGGCCACGCGGCGCUGGCCGCUGGACCCCACUGCGCCGCCGGCCCUGGAGACGGACGAGUGCGCGGAGGCCCGGGCGCGGGCGGUGCGGUGCUGCGCGGAGCUGGAGCGCCUCCAGCGGGUCGCGGCCCUGGUCUCCAGGGGCGCCCCCGUCGAGGCCCAGCGGCGGGCCGGCGGGCGGGGCGCGCCGGAGGAGGAGGAGGACCUGGGCCCCUGGGCCUGCCGAGCCCUGGCGGAGCCGAUCAUCGCCAGGUUCCGGUACCACUUCUGCCGGCCAGAGAGCGCGCUCUGCCGCAUGGACCAGCCCGACCGUGCGUUCAAGUACGUCACGCACGUGAUGGACCUCCACACCCAGGAGCUGGACCGGUGGCUGCCCGACGGCGCGGGCGGUGCGCCCGCCAGCGGCGGCACCGCGAGUGCCGAUGGCGGCGGCGCGAAGGUCGACCUCGCCGCGGGCCUGGCCCUUGCGCUGGCUCAGGAGGCGCGGCUCUUUGUGCGCUCGCGCAUGCCGCUGCUGGCCGCGCCCUCUCCCGAGGCGCGGCCGCUGCUCCUAAACACCAUGACCCAUUUCGUGAAGUUCCACGGGGACGUCACCAAGACUUCGGCGGGGAGGCGGGCGCCGCCGCGUUCGCGGACUUCUCGCAGAACCGGCCCCUGCAGGCGGCGGCGCCUGACGCUGCAGCCCCAGACGUGA